UUCUUCCCCCAAACCCUUAGCCCCCAAAACACUACAAAAAGCUCCUCAUCCAUGGCUACCCAAUUCAUAUCCAUGGCUACCCACAUCAUUAUCAAGAACAACAAGAACAAUCUCAUGAUUUAGGUCUUCAAAAACCCUCAAAAUUCAAACCCAUUUACAAAAUUCCUCAAAGAAAAAGAAUUUUUGUUUGAAUUUUCAAAAUGGAUGGAAUUUCACCCCACAAUCGCCCUCUUCCUCCUCUUUUUCUCUCCAAAGAUCUCCACCUCCACCAUGGGUUAUUUCACCACCACCAAAACUCCGACGAUGACGCCGCCGCUGGAUCUAGUGGUUCUAAGAGAGAUCGGGAGGAGGAAAACCCAAUCACGGCUGUGGCAACGGCGGCGGACAGUAAGGAAUUGUCUAAUUCCUCUUCUCGACGGCCACGUGGCCGACCAGCUGGCUCCAAAAACAAGCCGAAGCCGCCUAUUAUUAUCACUAGAGACAGCGCCAACGCUCUCAGAUCCCAUCUCAUUGAAAUCGCCUCCGGCUCCGACAUCGUCGACGCUCUCACCACCUUUGCGCGGCGGCGUCAACGCGGCGUUUGUAUUUUAAGCGCUACCGGAACUGUCACCAACGUCAAUCUCCGGCAGCCGGCUUCUCCUGGCGCUGUCAUCAAUUUACAUGGCAGAUUUGAAAUUCUCUCCCUCUCUGGCUCCUUCCUCCCACCGCCGGCUCCCCCGGCCGCCUCCGGGCUGACCGUUUACUUAGCUGGCGGGCAGGGGCAGGUGGUGGGUGGGAACGUAAUCGGCCCAUUUUUGUCCUCCGGUCCGGUGAUUAUUAUGGCGGCUUCUUUUGGUAAUGCGGCGUAUGAACGACUCCCGAUUGAUGACGACGACGAAACUUCUCCGGCGGCGGAGAUGACUGGACAACCGGCGGUGACCCCACCGCCGCCGCAAUUGUUGGGGGAUCCUAAUGGGGGAUUGUUUCAUGGGGUGGCGCAGAAUGUUGUGAAUUCUUCAUGCCAAUUGCCGACGGAGGCGGCGGCGGCGGCGGCGGCGCUUUGGAGAGGAGGUCGGCCACCGUAUUGAAAGUGUAACCUUUUGGGGUUUGAUUAGCUUUCUUUUUCAAUUUUAUUUCAUCUCAGCUUCUAAAUUUCUGCAAAUAAUUAUCAAUUUUUGAUUUGGGGUUUAGUUUUUCAAUCAUCA